AUGGCGAAUGUUACUCAAGAAAAACAAGACGAGAAUAAAAUAAUAAACAAAGUUAAUCAAGAAAGAAUUAAUACUUGGAGAAACAAUAUCGAAUUACAAAAAGCUUUGAGUUUAAAAAACGUGGACAAAGUUGACUUCAGGCGUAACACAGGAUUAGUGGGCAUGAAAAUAAUGCCGAAAGUCAUUAAAAAUGGAGGGGUGGAUGCUGCUUCUAAAACAAUAAAAAGUAGAAAACGAGCUAAAACUAAUUUAAAAGAUAAAAUGAAUGCUGAAACAGGUUUAAGUUUAGUUCAUAAAGAUUUGCAGGAAAUACCUAGCCUAAAAGGAAAUAGUUUUAUUUGCCAGCCUCAAAUUAGUAAUAGUAAACAAGAUACUGUAGUAGAAAAACAUAACUCUAGUCAUAUUACUAUUUCUAAAAAUGUGCCCCAACAUAUUAGCAAACCGCCAGAAAACGUUGCGCCGCCAACCUUUCCAAAAUCGAAUGAAAUCAUUGAUUUGUCUUCUGAAACUAAGCACACUAAAAGUUUAUCUAUUUCUGAUAACAAAAUUAAUGUAUUGAACGAAAAAGAUCGUAAUUUAGGAACAGUUGAGCAGGUAAAACAGGUAAUAUCGUCUAAGCCUACCGAUAAAGUCCUUACGUCAAACGUUAGGGAUAUCAAAAAGACAAAUAAAUAUAAAUUUGAACAAAUGAAAAACCUAAACAAGGCAGUUGUUAGCUCCCCAACAUUAAAUAACGAUCUGGUACCAAAACUAGGACAGGAUGAUACCAAAGAAAUGAAGCACACCAAACAAAAAAGAAACAAAAAUGAUAAUACGCAAAGUAAAAUUAUUAAAUCUGAUAAGAAACCUAACAAAAAAGUCGAAAAACAGAAAAGUGAACCAAAAUCUCCUAUUUUACCGUGUAGUACUCUACCAAAGAAACCAAAACCUAAGUGCCUAGAAGAAGUUCCUAAUAAAUCCAGCAAGUCUGAUGCUAGUACCAAAAAUUUGAAUGCAAUUAUUGGUAAACUUACAAGCUUAAAAUAUUCAAAUGAACAGAAUUUGUUUCCGCCAAAAGAACCAUCCGCAGUUUUACACAAUUCUGAUAAUUCUAUUAAACAGGCUUUACAAUUUCAGUGUACUUUAACAAAACCUAGUCAAGAACGUGGAAAUGAUAAGACUUUAAAAUCUUCAGAGAAGCUAGUGAAAAAUUGCACUGAUGUUCAUAAAAUUAAUAACAAAACUUCCAGUCUUCAAAAUACUCAGGCCAUACCUUCUAUCAUUAGUACAAAAAGUUCAGUUGAACAAAAGAAAUUGUCUGAUAAGGUGAUUCAUAAUGUUAGUAUAAAACCUUCUAUAAACAAUGCCCCGGUAAUGAAUCCUGCGACAAUCCAUAAAAGCAAGCCUAUUCCCGUGGUUACACCAUCUAAUGCUCCUAAACCAAAAAGCAUUUCUGAAAAAUAUAAAAAAAUUAUUAAAUCCCUUGAUCCUGAAUUUGUAGAUAAAAAUAAAGUAGACCAUUCAGUCAGUAAGGGUAAAAUUAACUUUUUCUCUGUGCAAAAUAGAUAUGCAUCUGCUAUAAUCUUAAAGCCUAAUCAACAAACAAACCGUCCAGUUGGAAACCCAGCGGAACGUUCUAUGCAAGCCGUACCAAAUAGCCAUAUACAAAAACCCAACGCGAUGUCUAUCCCUGUCCAUACACAACAACGCUAUCAAGAUCUUCAACAUAUCUAUCCUCAAUAUUACCAAUCUUCUCCUACGGGAAGAUAUCAAAAUAAUUAUCCAGGUUCCGGUGUAAACCCGGUCCCACAUCAGUUUCUACCACCACAUGAUAAUUUACAACAGAAUAAUCCACCGCAACCCUUUUACCAAGGUCGUUGGUUGCCACAGAACUUACUGCCUCCACCUCCACCUCCUCCCCCUCCACCGCCGCCACUCCCAGCUCCUCCAUCAGGCUCUAUUUUGCCAAGCAGUAAUACCGUUGAUCCAAUUCAAUAUGAUCCUUAUUUAAACCCAUCCAAAUGUCCACCGAUAUCAAACUUAAGACAGAUGCCAAAUACUUUCCCUCAAAAAUCAGUUAAUAACCUGCUGACUAAGAGUAGUAGUAUAAUUGGGGUAAAUAACGCAGGAUUGGUAAAAAAGAUUAACAUUGUUGCUGUACCUGCUGCAAAACAUAUUAAAAACAGAAAAGAAACCGCAGAAGAAGUUAAAACUUUCCAAGUUUUGACUCCUCCUAACGAACCAGAAAUAGUUGCAACAAAGACAGAAAUGUUGGAAGAAUUAGAUAAAGUAACGUUUGUAGACGAUUUGAGUUGUGACGGUUACAAAGAAAAUAGUUUAGACGUAUCAAUAAUGUCGAGUAAAUCUGGCAGGUUUGAGUCCUUAAAGUUGUCAGUGAACAAAAACGACCAAGACCUAAAGCGACAAAGAAAAGGAUAUUCACCUCCAAUUUUACCCAUUCCAACGUAUAAAAAGGUUUUGGACGACGUAGCUUCAAAGUCACAAUCAUGUAACAAAGUGCCACCAUUAACUGCCGUAGGAGAUCCGAGACUGUAUCUACAAAAUGAAAGCAAACCUUUGCGGGCAGAAGUUAAAAAGACUAACAAAAGGAAACUAAACCAUGCAUUUAAUAAACCUAAUGACGCUAAACGAAAAGAUGAUGCCAAAAAGAUUUCUUUAGAAGAAUAUAAAAAAAGAAUAUGUAAGACUGAUAAUAAACCUGCACAAAUUAAUAAAAAAGUCUGUAAAGAAAACUUUAGACAUAAGUCAAAACAUAAUCAUAGAGAAAACAGUACAGACACUGAUCUCGGUUAUGAUUCGGAUACUACAGUCGUAUUGUGA